AUGUCCUUGGCUAAGCUCCCUCUCCUAUUAUCGGGCUUAAUCACGACGUAUAUCAUCCAGACGCCUCCGCAAGCUCGGGUUCUCGCAACUGAACGAGCCAAAGAUGUCGGGUUGCAUGAACGAUACCUGUCGACCUCUGCUCGCAUGAACGUUGAGAUCAUAAAGCGCCUCAUUUAUGAAGAAGAUCAAUCAACUAAGUACUGGGUCACACUCGACGACCAUCUCACUAGUCUUCGCAAGUCGGCUGGAAAUGACGCAAAAAAGCUUGCACGAGUCUUUAGAUCUAUCCUCGACAAUGAUAGGGCAUCACAUGGCAAUAACCCCGCCGCGAUCAACGCUGUUCCCGAAGAUGAAGUAGUAGAUGAACGGCAGCAACAGGUCUGCACAUCAAUACCUUUGCUGGUCGAAGCAGCCGUGAUCCUCGGAAAUCGCUUUCCCUCACACGCGGUUUCGCGGUGGAUCCUCCGGGUCUUUGCACGCAACAAACCGGGUUUCGUUCAACGCCUCGUCCUGUCGCCGACAUUCCUCGCAGCCUGCGCUAUCGGUGUCGCGGGCGGUGCACUCCGCUACCGGUGCUACCGCACGCUCGGUCGCUUCUUCACGCUCGAGCUCGCCGUCCACAAGGGCCACAAACUCGUUACCGAAGGCCCUUAUCGCUACGUGCGCCAUCCAAGCUACACCGCUUGGUCGCUGGGCAGCGUUGGUGUUGGCCUGAUGUCCGUCACGCGCGGCUCGUGGUUGCGCGAGUCUGGGCUGCUAGAGACGCAGUGGGGACGAAUGGCGUUCGCGUUCUGUACCCUGUACAUCUUGUACGGCACCGUAGGUUUGACGGUGCGUGCGCCUACGGAAGAUGAAAUGUUGCGGAGGGAGUUCGGGGAAGAGUGGGAGGCAUACGCCAGACGAGUGCCAUAUAGGCUAGUACCCUAUGUCUUUUGA